AUGGCUUGCACCGCUUUUGGAAGUUACCUUUUUAGUGCUAGACUUGUCCCCCUCCGCGAUCCUCCCCCCCAACCCGUUGCCUCGUUAUCUCCCAACACAGCCCGUCGCCCUCGCUAUCUCCCUUCCUUUCCCCGUCGCCCUCAUUAUCUCCCCCCUCUCCCCGUCGCGCUCUCUAGCUCCCCCCCUUUCCCCGUCGCGCUCGCUAUCUCCCACCCUUUCCCCGUCGCGCUUGCUAUCUCCCCUUCAAUACCCGUCGAGCUCGCUACCUCCCCUCCUCUCCCCGUCGCACUCGCUAUCUCCUCCCCUUUCCCCGUCGCGUUCGCUAUCUCCCCUCCAAUAGACGUCGAGCUCGCUAUCUCCUCUCCUAUCCCCGUUGCGCUCGCUAUCUCCCCCACUUUCCCCGUCGCGCUCGCUAUUUCCCACCCUUUCCCCGUCGCACUCGCUAUCUCCCCUUCAACCCCCGUCGAGCACGCUACCUCCCCUCCUCUCCCCGUCGCGCUCGCCAUCUCCCCCCUUUCGUCGCCGCGCUCGUUAUCUUCCCCCCUUUCCCAGUCGCGCUCGCUAUCUCUCCCCCCUUUCCCCGUCGCACUCACUAUCUCUCCCCCUUUCCCCGCCGCGCUCGCUAUCUCCCCUCCAAUAGCCGUCGAGCUCACUACCUCCCCUCCUCUCCCCGUCGCGCUCGCUAGCUCCCUCCCUUUCCCCGUCGCGCUCGCUGUCUCCCACCCUUUCCCCGUCACGCUCGCCAUCUCCCCUUCAAUACCCGUCGAGCUCGCUACCUCCCCUCCUCUCCCCGUCGCGCUCGCUAUCUCCCCCACUUUCCCCGUCGCGCUCGCUAUCUUCCCCCCUUUCCCCGGCGCGUUCGCUAUCUCCCCUCCAAUACCCCUCGAGCUCGCUAUCUCCCCUCGUCUCCCCGUCGCACUCGCUAUCUCCCACCCUUUCCCCGUCACGCUCGCUAUCUCCCCCCCUUUCUCGGUCGCACUUGCUAUCUCCCCCCUUUCCCCGUCGCACUCGCUACCUCCCCACCUUUCCCCGCCGCGUUCGAUAUCUCCCCUCCAAUACCCCUCGAGCUCGCUAUCUCCCUUCGUCUCCACGUCACGCUCGCUAUCUCCCCUCUCUGCCGUUUCUCUGACGCUCCCGUCACCCCCGUCGCUCUUCUCCAAUCCUUGCGCCUCUCAUCUUUCCGUUGCCGUCGCCCACCCUCUCCCUUCUGUCACUCUAAUCAUCACUCUCACGCUCUCUCGUCGGGUCAACGUGGACACACUUCCUUUUUAA